UCAAAUUCAAGCACAAUAUGCGCCGUUGCGUGUGAUGCGAUGCACGCUUAACAGUGGCCCAAAAGGAAGACUGAGUGUUUGGUUGGUUGGUAGUAGCGGUACUGCUUGUCGCACACCAACCAAGCAAGCGAAAGCAGGCGAACAGGAAAACCAAAACAUUUGGCUGGCUGGCUGGCUGGUCUUGGUCUGUUGCCUGCCUGUCAUUCCACGCCGUCGUCUGUGUUUGGUUUGCACCUCGCGCUUGCUUGCUUGCUUGUUUGCAGACGGUUGUUCAACGAUAACACUGGCGGAAGCGCCAGCAAGAGCAGCCAACAACCAACAACCAUGGACAAGACCAACCAUCAGCAUGGGGACGCGGCGUUUGAGCUGCCACCCGCAGUCUCUUCAGGCUCCACCUCGCGCUCGCCAAAACGCGUGCGUGGCUUCUUCUCCAAGAUGAAGUGGUGGCGUUCAAACCAUCAUGCAGACAAGAAAGACCUCCAGCAACGCCAAAGGCUCGUGGUGCAAGAGUCUGUAGCAGAGGAGCAGUCGGUUGAACAUCCACAAGCAUCUGAGGCCGUCCUGUUCCACGAUGGACACGGUAUCCCCGGCCACCUCUCGCUCAAGGUGGCCACGCUGUUCCUCGUGUUCCAGCCACACGACCCAGCCCAGAUGCCGAAGAACGUCCAGCCAUACAUUGACGUGCUCUCCGUCCAGGACGUGCGCUAUGGCUUCCAGGCAUGUGCAAGUGAGAAGUUUGCGGGCAACUUGAAGGAGCUUCAGGCAGAGGACUGCGGCUUGAUCGUGUUUCAUGGCAGCAAGUUCGUGCCGCAGAGCACAAGCUUCAAGCUGCCAAACGAAGAAACGGCCCAGUCGUGGCACAUGCGCCUGCACGAGUUUGUGGAGGCCCGCACCCACCUGCUGGUGAACCCGGAGGGCGACAUUGUGCCAUCCCGCCUGGACGAGCACACCUUGCCCACGCUCCUUCACCGCCUCUGGCUGCACGCGCGUUCAAAGGUUGACGCGCGCCUCCGCGACCAGUCCAACGCCGUGCUCAGCCCCGCCGUCAUCACCACGCUCGCCAAGGGGCUUGGCCUUGAACUCACUGCAUCGCAGGUGUCGGACGUCAUCCGCGACGCCAUCACCGCCCUCUCGCGCGCAUCCGCAGGCGGCGGGCACCAGUCAUCCAACGAGUCGUCGCGGCGAGAGAGCGAAGACAAGCGACGCCCCGUCAGCAUGUUCCCGCUCAGCAAGUCCAUGGACUCAACCUCCUCCGUAUCCUCCGCUUGCUCGUCCACCACAGCAGCAGCAGCCACCCACAGCAGCAACCAGAACACGACAGAUGCUGCAAACACGGCACACGCCGCCGGCAGCAACGACCAUCCCGACAAUGGAGGUGUUGGUGGUGCUGCUGUUGACAGCAAUGACUGUCACAACUCGCAUGCGCAUGACGAUGAGGAAGACUGGACCGCAGAGGAUGGCCUCUUUGCUGUUUACACGGCACUGCUCAUGCAACACUCGGAUUGGGUGUUUGAAGAUGACAUUUUUCGGCGCCACGUCACCAACAAAAUCACGGGGCGAAAGCUCCCCGGCCGCUCAUCCCCUCUUGGCGACGAUGCAGAGAGCUCUGAUUGCUUCCAGAAGCAGGCGGGGUGUGGGGUGACCCCGUUUGACCUGUACACCUUCACACUCGAAUCCCUCUCCAACUUCCUCCACGACGUGCAGAACGAGUCGCUGACACGAACAGAGGCAGUGAUUGCGCACGUGCUUGACCCGCUGCGCGAUGUGAUGCGCUCGCGAAGGCCCUCUGCCAUCUCCCGUGGCUCCGUCUCGUCGCUCCUGUUUGCCUCCACACCUGGCUCCCGCACCUCCCUCUUCAGCGCUCCCCCGAUUGGCGCCCCAGCGCACGCGUUUGCCUUUGACGUGGCCACCACCUCCUCCUCCUCGCGGUCCACUGCCCGCCACAGCACAAUCAGCACAGCAGGGGAGACAACACGGAACAACUCGGCCGUGCGACGCCGUGGGGGCCAGCGUAAGCGCAGCGACAGCGAAAACGGGGAGGACCACGACGCUGUGGGUGAUCUCGGCGCAGUGGGCAGCAGGAGGCAGUCGCGACUGCGGAGGUCUGCGACGUGGGCUAGCCCGCCAAGCUCACAUGCCAGUAGCACCACAGACAUGCUCGGCGACAGUGUACGCACCAAUACAACGACAGAGACAUCAGCUGCAUUGUCAGCAGCUGCUGAUGAUGAUGAACCAUCAGUCACAGGUGCUCCGUUGCUCGAGGCCAAAGAAGAAGCAGCUGCACCAGCGAGCAAACACCACCACCAGCACCAGCAGACUGACGGUGCAGCACAACAGGCAACUGUUGGUGAUGGCGUCGAUGGCGCGAACGAAGGUGAUGCGGAUGAUGACAAUGACACCGCGGCAGUCAUGGCAGCGGCCGUGUCGGCGAGAGGAAGGCGAAGCCACAACACCAAAACACCAUCAGCAACUGCUUCUGCUUCCUCCACCAAGCGUGGCUCUGCGGCAAGCACCACAGGCGCAGCCCAGCUGCGAAAGAAGAAGAGCAGCAAGCCCGCCACACAAGCAUCAUCAUCAUCAUCACCAUCAUCAUCAUCAUCAUCACCAUCACCAUCCUCCUCUGCGUCCAAGCCUGGAUCAAAGCCUGCGUCCAAGCGAGCGAGUGGGUCUGCAGCAGCGUCGAGCCGGCGCACGGCGUCUGCUGCGGGCAGCAAGACGCGUAGCCAGCAACAACCACGCGGCCAUGCACCUUCGUCUCUUUCAACGUCAACUGCGUCAGCACAGCUGCGUUCACCGAAGAAGAAGGCCGGUGCGCGCCCAGUGUCAGCGGUGGCCAAGAGCACCCGCAAGUCGGCGGGGAAACCCACAACACCUCGCCCUGCUUCGAGCAAGCUGAGUACAGGCAGCAAGCGCCCCAGUGGUACAGCAACAGCAGCAGCCGCAGCCGCCCACAAGAGCAGUGGCGCGACAAUGGCGCGUGCUGCUGAGAACGGAAGUGGCAAGGCAAAGAAACAUGCCACCAAGUCCUCCGAGCCAGCAGCAACAACAACACCAUCAAACACAAGGCCGAAGAGAACAAAGGCCAAAGGUGCUGUUGUCGCAAACAAGACAGCUGCCGGGCAACAAGGCGACCACGCCAUCAACUCCAACACCAAGAGCAAGGGUGCCGAUGCUGCUUUGGCGCCGGCCAAGGAAAGACGGUCAAAGGCGCUACGGAAGCAGGACCCAGUGGAAGAAGAGGAUGGACGUGCUGAGACAGAGGCCAACCAACAAGACACAACACAGCAAUCGCAGCCGCAACGGCACCAACAACAGCGGUCGCAGGAGCAGGAGCAACCGCAGCCACACGAACACGCUGGUGACAAGGAUGCUGAUGCGAUGCGUGCUGAGGAGGCAGAUGAGCUAACGGCAAUUGCAGCAGUGCCGCGCCGCCGCUCGAAGCGCAUCAGCCAGCUCAAAUCCCUCAUGUCCAACAACCCGGACACAUGUGUACACGUGUCUGUUGUGCUGGACUACCUGCACAGCAAGGCCAACUGCCUCAUUCACCCCUCCUUCCUCUCCGUUCACGAGCCGUCCAUGGAUGCCCCGCUCACACACUACUUCAUCUCUUCCUCACACAACACAUACCUCACUGGGUGGCAGUAUCUUGGCGAAUCGUCGGUGGAAGCGUAUGUUCGCUGUCUUCGCGACGGCUGCAAGUGCAUUGAGUUGGAUCUUUGGGAUGGACCCAACGGCUUUCCCAUCAUCACACACGGUGGCGCUCGCUGCACCGUCAUCGACACCAAGGAGGUGCUUCUUGCCAUCAGAGACAACGCGUGGGCAGUGAGCGAUUUCCCACUCGUUCUCUCCUUGGAGAACCACCUGUGUGUGCAGCAGCAGGACCUGUUGGCCGACAUGCUCGUCGAAGUCUUUGGCUCAGAGCUCUUGUCUGAGCCACUGCCCAACUUCCCAACCGAGGCCCUUCCCAAGCUUCCGUCCCCCAACGACCUCAAGCGAAAGAUCCUCAUCAAGGGGAAGAGUAUUAUGACGGGGGAGGAAGAGGACCGCGAAGAGCUGGGCGACACGCUCUUGAGUGGACUGCUGGACAUCCAAUCCAGCGAUGACGCGGACGGCUGCGCCACCGGCGACUGGACACGCUGCGUGGUCAUUCUAACGCAGAAACGUCUGGUGUACGCCGCCCCGAUGAAGAUUGUUGCCAACAUUGAAGAAGAGGAAGCGUGCCUUCGCGCGGAAUUCAGAGAAUACCUCGCCAGCAAGGACUCUUGGCCGGUUGAUUCCAAACCGGGCGAGCUGCUGCUGUCGGAUUUGGUGGAUGUGUCUGCAAUGCAGAUCUCCAGCAAGAAGAAGAAGAAAGGCUGUGACGAUGGCCCACGCUUUGUAUUUACGCUCUCAUUCAACAGCUCAAACGAAGAUCACAGCCGCGUGCACGUCCACAUUGGUGCGAUGUCGGAUAAAGAUCGCCAGGAGUGGGUGGAAGCGCUACAGCAACGCAUUGCAGCACAGUUUGCCACGUCAACAGACUCGACGUCUGCACCAACCACGACACGCACUCCGUCGAAGAAAAUGAGCCAGAAGCUGAGCGCGCUCGUGCACUACACGCAGGCUGUGCGCUUUCACGGGUUUGAUCACCCCAACGCAGCCGCCACGGCGGCAUUCAUGUCGUCCUUCUCCGAGAAGAAGCUGAAUCGCCUCAUUCACAAGUCGAGCGACAAGCUGUACACGUUUACGCAGCAGCGCCUGACGCGCGUGUACCCCGCGUACCACCGCUUCAAAUCUGCCAAUUACGACCCGCAGGUCUACUGGAACUUUGGCUGCCAACUCGUGGCCCUCAACUGGCAGACGCCAUGCGAAGAAAUGUGGCUGCACAAGCACUUUUUCAACAGAAACGGCAACUCUGGGUACGUGCCCAAGCCGGCAUACAUGCUGCAAGACGGAUUUGACCCGUACUCGGAGCGUGGGCUGCAGUCCUUUGUCGAGAACAACGACCCCAUCUCCCUGCGUGUGCGUGUGCUGGAAGCCCGCCACCUACCACUCUCAGCCAAGGUCUCCAGCAGCAUCAUGUGCACCGUAUCGCUGAGCGCUGGUCCGCUUGAUUGCGUCACGGCGCAGGAGGCAACGUACGACGGCAAGAACAUGCUCAACCCAAGCUUCAACAUUCAACUCAAAUGCGACGAAAUCUACAUGCCAGAGCUGGCCACCCUUCUGAUCAAGAUUGGGACGAAGAAGACAGUGAUCGCGCAGACGGGAUGUCCUGUCAUUGCCAUGCGGCCCGGCUGCCGGUCCCUCCAGCUCUUUGACGAGUACAACGUUGACAUUCCCAUGGGAUCCGUCCUCGUCAUGGUGGAGAUGACACGCAAUGACGAACCUUGGUGGCCCAUCGUGCAAGAGCUGUCGCACAUUGGACGGCGCCGGGCCAUUCGCUCCAAAGACCGAUCCGUGUCGCCGAAACGCGAGCAAGGCGACGUUGGCGUGCACGCUGCAGACGAAGAAGAGGCCCUUGAUGCCGCUGAGGGAGGGGAGCCGGGCGCUGCUUCUCGCAAGGUUAGCCUGGUCACCAGCGAAGGCCCUGGCGCCACCGCCACCACCGCGACCGCUGCUGUGGAUGACGCCGACGCCGAGAAGAAGAAGGCCGAGUGGCGGCAGCGUCGGCUGCAGAGCAGAAAGGCGCGACUGGCCAGCAUCCAAUCCAAAGUCAAGCAGUACAUCCAGGAACGCGUCACCACCUCAGACCUUGAAGCAGAAUGUGGACGGCAACAAAAGCACCCUCGAUUCGUUGGCCUCAACGGAGAAACGAGCAUUGAUGUGUCCAACAUUACAUCGCGCGUGGCGGACUACAUUUCGAAGCCGCUGGACAAGGAACGCCGAAACCCGGACGCAGGUUUCAAGAAGCAGCACCCCCGGUUUGUUGGCCUGUCCGCCUCCACCCCUGCACCUGCAAAGACCAGUAGCAGCAGCGGCGGCAGCAGCGGCCACGCUUCCUCGACCAAGAAAAAGCCUACAUCAACACCCUCCCCGCAUCGCACAAAGGCGGCGCCAUCUGCUGUCUCUGCACCUGCCUCCGUGCACGGCGCACCGAAGAAGAAGCCAGGCACCACCACCGCCAGCUCAGCCAAGCAGAAGCAGCGGCACCAGCUGACAGGCAAGCCGCGCCCAGCGUCUGCCAAGUCCGCCUCUGCAGCGUCAACGGAGAGCACCAACACGGGACAUGCUUGCGGCCCAAAGCAGGCGAAGGGAGCAACAACUGCAGCCCGCUCACCUUCACGUGCAGUAAAGGCACAACGCAGCGCCAGCAACAAGGGCAGUGCAGAGGCAAAGACACUCAAGUUGCCCAAGACGGCAAACCAGGCAAACCAGGCAAAGCAAGCGCGCGCCGCAGCCACAAACGGAGCAGUGCAAACGACGUCCUCCGCGAAGACGCCAUCCAAGGCAACACACACUGCAGCGGGCAGCAAGGCACGCACGCCCUCAAAGCCACGCGCAGCGACGACACCUGCUCCGUCCAAGCAGCGCACGCGCCAACACGCGAGCGGCAAGAAGCAAGACGGCCUCAGCGGUGCAAAAGUGAACAAGACCAAAGACAACGGAAAGGACGGCAUGAGCACAGCACAUGUGAAGAAUGUGCGACGGGAGGCACCUGGUCUCUCCGUGCAUCGCACGCAGUUGCCUGCAAGCACGAAGCGCAGUCAUGACGCGACAGCUGGUGGCGAUGAUGACGCGUGGAGUGGCGAUGUUGACCCCCUCACUGAGACCGACGUGUAAUGUGAAGGCAUCGACUAUGUGUGUGAGUAUGUGUGUGAGUGUGUGUGUGUGCGAGUGUGCGUGUGUGUGUGUGCACGUUACCCUAUGUGCUGCAAGCAACCUCAGGUUGCUGCUGGUGCUGUGCGUUACAUUCGUUUGCUCCGCUAUGCGCGCGUGGCGCAGCACGUUCCCCGACCUCUUCACUCCGCUUGAAGAGAUGAUGUUGACAAUGAGAUGAUCUUGUGUGCGGCUUCCCUUCGUUAGUGCACAACGCGUUACACAUACUGAGGGUGGCUGUUCAACCCCCUUUGUUUUCCCUAGUGCUCUUGUUCUGCCUGGCGCAAUGCUUGUUUGGGUGAUGGAGCGAACAUGCAGCUGCGUCAUCAGCACCUGUUGUUACUGUUGUUACUGUUGUUGCUGAAAACUCGGUUGGGCUUACUUGUGUUGAUAUUCGGUACAAAUCACAUCAUGACAAUGAUGAGGAAGAUGAAAUGACAUGCAGUG